AUGAUGAUUUUAUUCUUUAUCUAUCAAUUUGUAAGUUGCUAUGAGGAAAUAGUAAUUUAAAAUACAAAAGGACUUAAAUAACUAGAUAUGGAAUCCUUGAAAGAUGAAACAAUAGUUUUUGAAGCCAAAUCUAGUUAAUAUUAAGUAAGCAUACUGUUGAUUUGUGACUAAGUUCCUAGCUUUUAGGAAUUUGAACAAAUUUUUAAUGAUGAAAAGUAUUAUCAUUUAUAUGAAGCUUUGGAUGUAUUAGCGAUUGGAACGCUUUUGAUUAUUCUGAAAGUUCCUAAAAGUUAAUGCUAAUUAGAAAUUCAACUUAGAAUAUUAAUUCAUAUUCUCAAAAUGUGAAAUAUACAAAUAGUAAAUCUCCUUAUGUUGGAAUAUUUUCUUAAAAAUAUGAUUUAGUAACAAUUUACAUUUAUCCUAAAUAAUCUAACGAUUGCAUAAUGUAUAUUUGUUCAGUAUGAAAUAGGAAUUGCAAAAAUAAAGGUGAAUGUAAAUAAAAUAGUUGUUUCUGUUAAUAAGGGUAUUUUGGUUAUGAUUGUAAAUACUAAGGUUCAAACAUUUUUGAUGAAGAGUAUCUAAUUAAAUUAAACUACUAUUAUGUAGAUUUAGAAUCUUUAAAGGAUUCUAAUUUUUCUAUACAGUUUAAGAAGUAAGGCAGAUUUAGUUAUUAAUGUCUUUCAAUAAAUCCAUAUUUUAGAAAGGCUAAUAUAAUUGAUAGAGAUAUCAUUGAGAUUUCAAAAGAAGAAAUUAAUAAUUGUUUGCAAUAAGGAUAAUAACAAUUAGGGUUAGCCAAAUAUUACGUUAUUUAAAUUUACUAAGAAGAGUUUCUUUAUAUCUCAAGAUAGGAAAGUGAAAAUACAAAUGAUUACAAAACAAUAUUAAUUUCUAUUUUAUCUACUUGUCUCACAAUAUUAUGUUGCAUAAUCUUUUGUGUUUUCAGAUGUUAUAGAUCUAAAAGGACAAUUACAAAUCCAAAUUAAAAUAGAAUAUUAAUCAAUUUGUAAACAAAAAUAACUAAUAAUGAUUUUAAUUAGGAAUUAGCUAUAUUAAUACCCUCAAUAGAAUAUUCAGCUAUUUUAAAGAAGCAUCCUUAAAUAAGAAAUUUUAAUGAAUGUGCAAUUUGUUUGGAUAAUUUUAGAUAAGAAUAAUUAGUUCGAGUAACAUAUUGUUAACAUGUUUUUCAUUAUAAAUGCUUGGAUGCCUGGAUGAAAAAAAAUUUAGUAAGAAAAUUGAAUAUAAUAGAAUUGUCCAAUCUGUAGAUCUGCAUAAGAUAGAUAAACAAUAAAGUUAUAAGAAAAACUAUAAACUGCUAUAUCCUAAAAUACCGAAUUUAAUCCAGAAGCUACAUCUCAAAAAUUACCAGUUUCUAGAGUAUAUGGUGAAACUCCUAUGUUAACAAAUCAUAGGUCAGUUGGAUCUUCAAAACUUAUACAAAGUAACAUUUGA